UUGAGACAGUUUGACCUUCAAGUGCUCGCAACCUUCAUCAGUGAUUAAUACCCCUGAAGCGUUGCCGACGUCUUAAGUGUGUGGUGGUUCGUUCUGUUCUACUUUACGGCUGCGAAACGUGGCCAUUAAGAGUAGAAGAUGCUCGUAAGCUACUAGUAUUCGGUUACAGAUAUCUCUGAAAUAUAGCCCCCAUCUGCUGGGAUACCACGACCCGCAAUGCUGAAUAGUGUUGGAGAUGGCUGGAAGAAAGUUAGGGGCGGCCAAACCAAAACGUGGCAUCAGUCUUUGAAGUCACUAACGUUUGGGCUGAGCCAUGUUGGUAGAUAAAGACUACUUGGUUGGGGUCCGCGUGACUAUAGUAAUCAAUGGUUGGAGACUGGAUGACGAGGCUCAGAAUCGAUCAUAAUGGCGUAGGUGUAUACAUUUUGUCUUCCCUUAAACCCUGAGAUUAAAAUUAAUUUAUACCUUUCUCUCUACGAACUAACUAUUUCAUCCUGUGUCAUAUGCUUAUACACAAUAUUUCUUUUAUAUAUUACUACCAUUGAAGUAACUGCUGAAUUUGGUGUUCAUCUUGUGUUAAUGAGGUGUGGUAACUUGGACCGAUGCAUAUAUUUGCCUGGACUUACGUUGUAACUGGCUGGCUGACAUAACUUUAUUCUUUUUUCUAGAUCGCUUCGAAAUGUUACUUAUAAAGUAGUGUUAAGAAUGUGAUUUUACUGUCGAAUAGGAAAAUUUAUAGUCGAAAUCAUGUGCAAACGUCGCUGUAAAACUUCAUAAGUUUUGAAAUUGAUCCCUAGAGUAAAUUGGAUUGGGACCACUGACUACCAUUUCGUGUAUCUAGGUAGCUGCAUAAGUGCUGGUGGUGGCGUGAGUGAUGAAAUCAAUGCAGGUAUAGUGAAAGCCAGAGCGGCUUAUGCUAAUCUGGGCCACCUUUGGCGUCUUCGUGAUGUUAGCCAGGUUGUAAAAGGUUGGAUCUACAACGCGCCAGUGACAGCAGUUUUGCUCUAUGCUCGUAAAGCGUGGCUUCUCCGAGUUGAGGAUGUUAGACGACUCUGUGUUUGAUCAUAGUUGUCUCCGAAGGUUUGCUGACAUCCAGUGGCAACACGUUAAUGCACAAAUCCCUAGAUUAACUUGGAAUGGUACUACUGACUAUCAGCUUCAAAUACUCAACUAAGUGCGCUAUUUGUGUCAUGAUUCAAAGUAAAUACAAUUUAACUAGUUCCUUCUCGAUAUUCUUUUGAUCUAGUCUUUUUCUGUUAGAUUCAUUAGACACUAAUCAUUAACUUGUACUUCUGUAUUUAAGACCUACAGGCUUUUCGAACAAGCUCAGAGAGACUUGUUUAUUAUUGUUGCUUGACAAAAAGUCAAAAUUAUGCAUGUUUAUCUUGUUAUCAACUCAUUUUUGUUCUUCCAGGUUCCUACACUAUCUGAGUGAACUUCGUAUCUGUAACAUAUCUACAAGCUAGAUACAAAAGCUAUUGAUUCCCUAACUUUUCAAAAGAAUGUCAUUAGAACUAUGGCUUUUAUCUCUGAUAUCCAUCAUAACAACCUUAGUCAUAGUAACAUUCAUACUCCUGAUUGUAAUGUACCUUACCACAGAUCCAUAUCCGAACCUAUCCAGAAGCAGUACAGAAGAAUGUUUUUAUGAUCCGGAUAAAUCUGAAUAUAUUAAGUUAAAAUUUGGGCUUACUGAAAGACCAGAAAAAGAAUUAUCGGUAAUAGUUCCAGCUUACAACGAAGUUGAACGCCUUCCCGCAAUGUUGACUGAAACAUUAGAUUACCUUCAUAAACGAAAAGAUUCAAAUAAAAAGUUCACAUUUGAAAUAAUUAUCGUGAAUGAUGGUAGUAAAGAUCAUACAUUAGAAAUUGCUCACAAAUAUUGCAAACUCGAGGGCUCAGAUACACUUCGUGUAAUAUCUUUAGAUCGGAAUCGUGGAAAAGGUGCUGCAGUCAGAAUAGGAAUGCUUUCUGCACGUGGUCGUAUACUUCUGUUCGUAGAUGCAGAUGGUGCAACUCAGUUUUCCGAUAUUGAAAAACUGGAGGAAGCUUUAGCAUCAUCUGUAGCUAAUAGAUGGAAUGGUGGCAUGGCGGUGAUAUGUGGUUCUAGAGCACAUUUAGAAGAACAGGCACUCGCUAAACGUCAUCCAUUAAGAAAUCUGCUCAUGUAUGGAUUUAAGCUAUUUGUUUGGCUUGUGUGUGUUCGUGGAGUUCGUGAUACACAAUGUGGAUUUAAAUUGUUUAGUCGACCUGCUGCUCGUUUGUUAUUUCAUAAUUUGCAUGUUGAUCGCUGGGCUUUUGAUGUAGACUUGUUAUAUUUAGCUCGGCAUUUCGAUAUGAAUAUUGUCGAAAUACCUGUGCAUUGGCAGGAAAUUCCAGGUUCGAAACUGGUCCCAAUUUUCUCAUGGAUUCAAAUGGCAAAAGAUUUGCUUAUGAUUCGUUUGCGAUAUUCAUUAGGGGCAUGGAAAAUUGACCCAGUUUACACUUGAUAUUGUAUAUCAUUGAAAGAAUCUCUAGUCAUUUUUUUUCACCACAUAUGUGCAGUUCAAUGUAUUACACAUUCCAUUAUUCCUAUUUUAUCACCUUUUUAAGUUUUAUUCUAACUCAUUCAUUCCUAUUGUUAAUUAAAUUUUCUAAAAAUAAAAUGGCUAUUGAUAGAGUA